GCAGAUUACACAUUUCAAUUAAAAUCAUGGCAAAGCACUGGCCCGUGGUGUAUCUGUUGAGUUUCUGGCACCUCGAGACUCUUAAUGUUACAGCUUUCAAUCUGGACACCCAGAAUGUGCUGCAGAGAAAUGGAGAUCCGGGAAGCCUGUUUGGAUUUUCGGUUGCCUUCCACCAGCAGCUGAACCCGACCAAAAAGAAUCUAUUGCUGGUCGGAGCGCCACGAUCAAAACACCAGAACCAAGUGAAUGUUACAGGCGUUGUUUACCAGUGUGACAUGACUAAAAUAUCCGAGCGCUGCCGGCCCAUUGAGUUUGAUAACGAAGAGUUCCUCGAUAGUAAAGGCAUAAACGACCAGUGGAUGGGAGUUAGAGUGACGAGCCAAGGUCCUGGUAAAAAUGUAAUGACUUGUGCUCAUCGAUACCAGCAGUGGAGCCCGAGUCCCAGCCUUUACGUCCCUCGCUUGGUGACGGGUCAGUGUUACCUCUUAGGAGAUGACCUGCAGGUCGGGAAGGAGGAGAGGACGUGGAGGAGGGUGGUCUGUGACUCUGAACACUUGUCCAGACGUCAAAAGGACCCGGACUGGUUUGCAUACUGCCAACAGGGUCACGGAGCAUCUUUUGCGAAGGACAACGUGUCUCUGUUAUUUGGAGCACCAGGAGCGUAUCAGUGGAAAGGAAUCGUACGAAUGGAGCUCCUGGAUAACCUGGACAUCUCCAGUGCAGAUUCUCGUGAGACAGGGGAUGUUGACAAGUUCAACAUGAAACUUAUUCCUCUCCAAAGAAACAGCUACCUGGGAUUCUCCACUGACUCUGGUAUGGCCCUCCUCAGACAGGGGGAGCUGACCGUCGUGUCCGGAGCGCCCAGAGGCGGUUACAGCGGCCAGGUGGCAUUUCUUAAGGCGGAUCCUGAGGCACAGAGAAGUUUGUCCGUGGAGUUAAUCCUCUCUGGUCCAGGCCUGGCCUCCUCCUUUGGCUAUGAUGUGGCUGUGGGGGAUUUCAAUGGUGAUGGGUGGGAGGACCUCGCUGUUGGAGCACCACAGUUCUUUGUUAAAGAUGGUGUGGUCGGCGGAGCAGUCUACAUCUAUAGCAACAGCAAAGGGAAACACUGGGAGGAAAUUGUUCCAACUCAACUUCUUGGCCAUAAAGAAUCAAUGUUUGGCCUCGCGGUGGAAAACGUAGGAGACAUCAAUCAAGAUGGUUAUGGAGAUAUUGCCGUGGGGGCGCCUUAUGACGGUUCUGGUCAAGUGUACCUGUACUACGGCUCAUCAGAUGGCAUCAACAAGAAGCCAGUGCAGGUCCUCUCAUCAGGAUCCAAUAAAGUCACUCUGUUUGGAUAUUCUCUGUCGGGUAACUUGGACGUGGAUAACAAUCAGUACCCAGACCUGGCUGUGGGAUCGCUAUCUGAUUCUGUCUUUGUCUUCAGAGCAAGGCCAGUGGUCAGUGUGAGCAGCUCUCUGAGGCUAACGCCCACUGAAAUAGACAUCACACAGGAACAAUGUGAUAAACACACAUGUUAUGUUGCAGCUCAGGCAUGCUUUACGUACACGGCACAUCCAGCAUCGUUCAACCCUAAAUUGAUGCUCAACUACACGUUUGGGGCAGAUGCUGAGAGGAAACAGAUGAGGCUUCCUCACAGAGUGAACUUGGCUUCAUCUCAAGGAAAACUGGAACUGCCCGGACAGAAGACACAGAUCUGUACUGAGAUCCAGCUACGACUUCUGCGUGAUAUUAAGGACCGGCUGCACAGUAUCCCUGUGUCCGUCACUGUGUCUCUGUGGAGCUCCAGUCAGACCUCCGGGACGAGUGCAGAUCUGCCCGAAGUUACUCCGGUCCUCAACCUCUUCCAGCAAAACAGUAUUGUCUCAGAGAUUAUCUUAAUAAACAAGGGCUGUGGCAUGGACAACAUCUGCCAAAGUAACCUGGAGUUACAGUACAAGUUCUGUUCCAGAAAAACACAAAAUAAUCAAGAUGUUUUCAAAUCACUCGCCAGGGAGGAUGGUGUUACAGUCAUCACUCCUUCUGAAGAAGACAUCGCUCUGGAGAUCAUUGUGACGAACAGAAACGGGGACGACGCGCACCAGAGUCACUCCGUCAUCAGCCUCCCGGAUACUCUUCAUUACUCCUCCAUUGUCUACGGUACAGCAUCGGAGACACAAGUGAGUUGUACAGCCAAUGACAAAGGAACACUAGUCGACUGUGAGCUGGGAAACCCGCUCCAGAGAGACGCAGAAGUUACUUUUUAUGUCCUGCUCGCAACAUCCGGCAUCUCACUGAGUACAAAAGACGUCAACGUCACACUGCAACUUGAAACGACGAGUGUGCAGAAUCUACAACCAGUUGUGGCAUUAGCCAAAGUGGUUUUUGAGCUGCAGCUACAAGUAUAUGGACUAGCCAGGCCCUCUCAAGUGUCACUUGGGGCAAACUUGAGGGGUGAGAGCGCCAUAACCUCGGUGGAUGAAAUUGGAACUGCAGUUCAAUAUGAAUUUAGGAUAACAAAUUUGGGCAGAUCACUGAAGUAUUUUGCCAAUGCAUCACUAAACAUCCACUGGCCGAAAGAGAACUCUGUGGGAAAAUGGCUUCUGUACUUGACUCAGAUCAGCAGUAAAGGUGUACAGCCUGUCUCCUGCUCACCUAUGGAUGAGGUCAAUCCACUGAGACAUGUAAAGGGUUGGCAUGACUCCUCCAGGAAAAGACGUGAAGCCGAACAUGAAGCCAAACAUGAAGCGCUCUCGACUGCUGGAUUCACAUUUCUUCCAAAAAGAAGGAAAUACAAAACUUUGAACUGCUCAGAUGGACUGAAGUGUGUGCAGAUACGCUGCCCUCUGCUGGGUCUGGACAGUACUGCAGUCAUGGUUCUGCAUUCCCGCCUCUGGAACACCACUUUCACAGAGGAUUACAGCUCUUUGAACUACCUGGACAUUGUCGUGGAUGCCACUCUCAGUUUGACAAACUCUCCAGAGAAUAUUGAACUCAAACCAGAGAAGCUUGGGACAAAGAUAAAACUGACAGUGUUCCUGGAGAGAAAAGCUGAACGUGUCACCAAAGUGGCGUGGUGGAUCAUCUUCCUCACUGUGGUUGUGUUGCUCCUGCUGUUGGCAGUUGUUGGCUUCUUGUUGUGGAAGUGGGGGUGCAUCAACUGCCUCGCUCAGAACGAGAAGCGGCCACACGAUGGAGAUCCAAACAAAGAGACCGCUCCCCUCAAAGGCUAAAAGGAAAACACAGGAACCUCAACGGUGCAAUAGCCCGUUUGAGUGGGACUGUACUUCUGUUACGACCAGGUGAAUUUCACAAAUCCUCAUUAAAAAAAAGAAAUUGUGCUUUCGCGGCAUCUCUACAUUCUUUUUUCAUACUUUCCGUAUCUCUGUAGUUUUUUUUUUUUUUUUUGUAGAACAAAAUGUUUCAACAUUUCGAGAAAUACAGUACGCUUACUAGCUUUCUUGCCAAGAGUUGGAGCGAGCAGCUGGUUAGCUUAGCAUAACAAUUGUAGAAAAGAGGAGACAACUUGUUUAGCUCUGUUCAAAGGUAACCAAGCACCUCUAAAGUUCAGGAAUUAACACGUAUUUGGUUUAAUUUGUAAAAAAUGUCAAUUCUCCAUUUUACACCGCGUGACCUUCUUAACUUGGCAACUGCUCUCAGCUAAGAAAUAGUCUGGCCCAUAAGCCUUUCGCAAAAUCAUUAUUUCUCUUUUUACACUUUUAUCUUGAUUAUGCCAAUGUGACACUGUUGUGUUCACUCUCCUCUCUUUCUACAGAUUUUUUUUUUUUCACUCACAUUUUUUUUUUCGUUCGUGAAUAUUCUUUGAUUUUAUCUUCAUCGAAACACAUUCAGUAUGAAAAUUAACAUCCAUCGUCUUAUUUCUUGACAGCAUUUGGCUUUCUGUCCACAUUCAAUCCCACUUUGAGUCACAUCAUGAGCUCUCACUCUUUUCAUCAUCUUGUGUUGCUUUUACGAAAAGAUAACUAGAAAAGCACCGUAUUAAAAAACAUCCCAACAUCUUCUCAACAUGACAUAAAAACCUUGAAACCAGAACAUACGACAAACAAUUAAAGAAAACAUCAUACACAAAUUCACACACACUCACACACACUGCUCCUUAACAAUCUCUGGUUCAGGCUGAAAAUGCCAGUCUUGUGCCCCAAUAUUGUCUGAUAAUUAAGAGUUAAGUUGCGAUUGGUUCAAUAACAAUAUUUUUAAAUGAUUGGUUUACAAAGAGUAUAAAUAAACACAACUUGAUUUUGCCUUCUUUUUUUUAAACCAGACAAAG